AUGAUGGGGGAGGUCAAGCCUGAGGAGCAGCUGUACCCUCAGCAGCAGACAGUUGAACGUAUACUGCUGCUGCUUGUUGUUCUUACUAUACCGGCUAUGUUACUAGUUAAACCUACAGUGUUGCUGCUGCGGAGAAGAAGAGCAGCAGCAGCAGCAGCAAAGCAGCAGCAGGAACAGGAGCUGCCGCAGCAACUGUUAGAAGCAGGAGAAGGUAGUGCUGCUGCUUCAGCAGCACUACGACGAAAGCAGCAGCAGCAGCAGCACGACGAUCACCAGCAGCAGCAGCAGCAGCAGCAGGUGGUGAUGGAUACUGAGUCUGCUGCUGCUGCUGCUGCUGCACAUGAUGAUGAGAAUGAAGAUGGUGAGGUGGUGAUGGAUACUGAGUCUGCUGCUGCUGCUGCUGCUGCACAUGAUGAUGAGAAUGAAGAUGACUAUAGUACGAGCAUUAGAGUUAAGUGA